GAAAAGCAGCCCUCAAAAAAGGUAUAAUAAUAAUCAGUCUGUUUUUGAACAUCGAUCAGAACCCUUUUUCUUUUUGGCUAGUUCAAUUUCGAUACCAAAGAAAAAAAAAGAUGCAGAUAUUCGUGAAAACCCUAACUGGAAAAACAAUCACUCUUGAAGUUGAAAGUAGCGAUACUUUUGACAAUGUUAAAGCCAAGAUCCAGGACAAAGAAGGCAUUCCUCCGGACCAGCAGAGAUUGAUUUUUGCUGGGAAACAGUUGGAGGAUGGUCGAACUCUUGCAGACUACAACAUCCAGAAGGAGUCAACACUUCAUCUGGUUCUUAGGCUUAGGGGAGGAACUAUGAUCAAGGUCAAGACUCUAACUGGGAAAGAAAUUGAAAUUGAUAUCGAACCAACCGAUACUAUUGAUCGCAUCAAGGAAAGAGUUGAAGAGAAGGAAGGAAUUCCUCCUGUACAACAAAGGCUCAUUUAUGCUGGAAAGCAGCUUGCAGAUGAUAAGACGGCAAAAGACUAUAAUAUUGAAGGGGGUUCAGUACUUCAUCUUGUUCUUGCUCUAAGGGGUGGUAACCUUUAAAAUUAUACAUUUGAAGAUGAAAUGCGAGUGUAGUUAAGGUUGCAAGUGAACUUUGUAUAUGGCUGCCUUAGUGGUAUUUGAGUUUAAUUUUACUUAUCUGCAGAUUAAUCUGAUGAGAUGUUGCAUCAAUAUGCGCUUAAUGUUACUUCAAAUGAACUUGUGUUAAUUUUCUAUGGAAAUUGGUUAUUAA